CUUCCCGUUGCGCAAAACCCCGCGAGACUUUUUGAGCAGCUUUCCGAAAUCUCGCUGUUCGUCGGGAAUGCGCGAAGAAUCACCAGAGAAACAGAAAUAAGCUCAUAUUCACAUUUAUUCAUCAAAGAACUGGUUCAAACCGGCAGCGGCUGGUUGAAACAGCUACGAGAUGUCCGACAGCGAGGACAGCGACUUCUCCGAUAACCAGAGCGAGCGCAGCAGCGAUGGAGAGGCCGAGGAAGUGGAGGAGAAUGAGGAGGAAACGGGCAGUCCCGUGGGCAGUGACAAGGUAGCAGACGAGGAGGGGGAGGAUCUGGAGGAUGAGGAGGAGUACGAUGAAGAAGAGGAGGAGGACGAUGACGACGAUCGUCCAAGGAAGAAACCGAGACACGGGGGGUUCAUCCUGGAUGAAGCUGAUGUGGACGAUGAGUAUGAGGAUGAGGAUGAGGAUCAGUGGGAGGAUGGAGCCGGGGAUAUCUUGGAGAAAGUUAACGAGGAGGCUGAAGUGUCAAACAUCGAUCGUGUGGUUCUGGAUGACGAUCACUCUGGAUCCAGACGGCUGCAGAACCUCUGGAGAGACUCCAGAGAGGAGGCGCUGGGUGAAUACUACAUGAGGAAAUAUGCCAAGUCGUCAGGAGGGGAGCAUUACUCUGGAGGGUCUGAGGAGCUUUCUGAUGACAUCACGCAGCAGCAGCUGCUUCCUGGAGUCAAGGAUCCCAAUCUGUGGACUGUCAAGUGCAAGAUUGGUGAAGAGAGGGCGACGGCCAUCGCACUGAUGAGGAAGUUCAUCGCCUACCAGUUCACAGACACACCUCUGCAGAUCAAGUCCGUGGUGGCCCCGGAUCACGUGAAGGGCUACAUCUACGUGGAGUCGUACAAACAGACACACGUCAAGGCCGCCAUCGAGGGCAUCGGCAACCUGAGGAUGGGCUUCUGGAACCAGCAGAUGGUCCCCAUCAAGGAGAUGACGGACGUGCUGAAGGUCGUCAAAGAGGUCACAAACCUGAAGCCCAAGUCCUGGGUCAGACUGAAGAGGGGCCUGUACAAGGACGACAUCGCUCAGGUGGACUACGUGGAGCCGAGCCAGAACACCAUCUCCCUGAAGAUGAUCCCUCGGAUAGACUUGGACCGCAUCAAGGCCAAAAUGAGCCUGAAAGACUGGUUUGCCAAGAGGAAGAAGUUCAAGAGGCCUCCACAGAGGCUGUUUGAUGCUGAAAAGAUCAGGUCUCUGGGAGGGGAGGUCAGCCACGAUGGAGACUUCAUGAUCUUUGAGGGGAACCGUUACAGCCGCAAAGGAUUCCUCUUUAAGAGUUUCGCCAUGUCAGCUGUGAUCACAGAUGGAGUGAAGCCCACGCUUUCAGAGCUGGAGAAGUUUGAAGACCAGCCUGAGGGAAUCGACCUGGAGGUGGUCACAGAGUCAGGCAAGGAGCGUGAACACAACCUGCAGGCUGGGGACAACGUGGAGGUGUGUGAGGGAGAGUUGAUCAACCUGCAGGGAAAAAUCCUCAGUGUGGACGGCAACAAGAUCACCAUCAUGCCCAAACAUGAAGACCUGAAGGACCCCCUGGAGUUCCCGGCUCAUGAGCUGAGAAAAUAUUUCCGAAUGGGCGACCACGUGAAGGUGAUCGCUGGGCGAUACGAAGGCGACACCGGCCUCAUCGUCAGAGUGGAGGAGAACUUUGUCAUCCUCUUCUCCGACCUCACCAUGCACGAGUUGAAAGUGCUGCCCAGAGACCUGCAGCUCUGCUCUGAGACUGCAUCCGGUGUUGAUGUUGGAGGGCAGCAUGAGUGGGGCGAGCUGGUCCAGCUGGACCCGCAGACAGUCGGCGUCAUCGUUCGGCUAGAGAGGGAGACGUUCCAGGUCCUGAACAUGCAUGGGAAGGUGCUGACUGUGCGGCACCAGGCGGUGAACCGCAGGAAGGAUAACCGUUUCGCCGUGGCGCUGGACUCGGAGCAGAACAACAUCCACGUCAAGGACAUCGUUAAAGUCAUCGACGGACCUCACUCUGGCCGUGAAGGUGAGAUCCGUCACCUGUUCCGGGGCUUCGCUUUCCUCCACUGUAAGAAGCUAGUUGAGAACGGCGGCAUGUUCGUCUGCAAGACCAGACACCUGGUGCUGGCAGGUGGAUCCAAGCCCAGAGAUGUGACCAACUUCACAGUCGGAGGAUUUGCUCCAAUGAGCCCUCGCAUCAGCAGCCCAAUGCACCACGGUGGAGGAGGUGCUCAGCAGAGAGGAGGAGGUGGAGGAGGAAUGGGGCGGGGCCGAGGCCGAAGAGACAACGAACUGAUUGGUCAGACGGUCCGUAUCUCGCAGGGUCCUUACAAAGGAUACAUUGGUGUGGUGAAAGAUGCAACAGAGUCCACAGCCAGAGUGGAGCUGCACUCCACCUGUCAGACCAUCUCUGUUGACAGACAGCGAUUAACCACCGUGGGUGGAACUAAGAGGCACAGUGGGAUGACCUCCACCUAUGCACGUACUCCAGUUUACGGCUCCCAGACUCCGAUGUAUGGUGUUGGCUCCAGGACGCCCAUGUAUGGAUCUCAAACUCCACUACAUGACGGAAGCCGUACGCCCCACUAUGGAUCUCAGACCCCACUGCAUGAUGGGAGCAGGACUCCAGGUCAGAGCGGCGCUUGGGACCCCAGUAACCCCAACACACCUUCCAGGAAUGAGGAAGACUACGACUUCGGCUAUGAUGAUGAACCUUCCCCAUCCCCUCAGGGCUACGGAACGACGCCCAACCCUCAGACCCCAGGUUACCCCGAGGUCCCCUCACCACAAGUCAACCCUCAGUACAACCCGCAGACACCUGGCACACCUGCUAUGUAUAAUACGGAGCAGUAUUCUCCAUAUGCAGCCCCGUCCCCUCAGGGCUCCUACCAGCCCAGUCCCAGCCCUCAGAGCUACCACCAGGUGGCGCCCUCACCUGUUGGCUACCAGAACACGCACUCACCAGCCAGCUACCACCCCACACCCUCCCCCAUGGCUUACCAGGCGAGUCCCAGUCCAAGUCCUGUGGGCUACAGUCCCAUGACGCCCGGAGCGCCCUCUCCUGGAGGCUACAACCCUCACACCCCGGGCUCCAACAUUGAGCAGGGCGGCAGCGACUGGGUGACCACCGACAUCCUGGUCCGAGUGAAGGACUCGUUCAUGGACCUGAUGGGGCAGACCGGGGUCAUCAGGAGCAUCACGGGAGGGAUGUGCUCAGUGUUCAUGCAGGAGUCUGAGAAGGUGGUGAGCAUCAGCAGCGAUCACCUGGAGCCUGUCACGCCCACCAAAAACAACAAGGUGAAGGUGAUUCUGGGAGAGGACCGCGAGGCCACGGGUAUCCUGCUGAGCAUCGACGGAGACGACGGCAUCGUCCGCAUGGAGCUGGAUGACCAGCUCAAGAUCCUCAACUUGCGGUUCCUGGGGCGCCUCGAGCACUGAGGGACGAGACCACAGCUCUCACGCCAACUGAUGUCAUGUUUUAUUUAAGAGCCAAAAACCACACACAUGGUCUUCAGGCUCAGCGGGUCUCUCUCCCUUUUUUUGGUCAUUUAUUUUCACUGUUUUCUUAUUAGUGGUCUGAGUCUGCUUUUAGUGCUUCUCCCUCCAUGUGCUGUCAGUGCUUUUGGUUCUCUGGAUGCAGCAGGAUGAAAAACAGUGUAACAUGUCAAUAAACUGAAUCAGUGAUAUUAUUGUG